CCACCGACGGCCCGCCGGUCCUCGCUCCGCAGCCGCUCCGCGCACCGCGCCAGCACCUUCUCCGCACCAGGAAAGCCCCACACGCCUGCAGCCAAGAUGUCCAGUAAACGGGCCAAGGCCAAGACCACCAAGAAGCGGCCACAGAGGGCCACGUCCAAUGUGUUCGCGAUGUUUGACCAGUCCCAGAUCCAGGAGUUUAAGGAGGCCUUCAACAUGAUCGACCAGAACCGGGAUGGCUUCAUCGACAAGGAGGACCUGCACGACAUGCUGGCCUCGAUGGGGAAGAACCCCACGGACGAGUACCUGGAGGGCAUGAUGAGUGAGGCCCCAGGGCCCAUCAAUUUCACCAUGUUCCUCACCAUGUUUGGGGAGAAGCUGAACGGCACAGACCCCGAGGAUGUGAUCCGCAACGCCUUUGCCUGCUUCGAUGAGGAGGCCUCAGGUUUUAUCCACGAGGACCACCUUCGGGAGCUGCUCACCACCAUGGGUGACCGCUUCACAGACGAGGAGGUGGACGAGAUGUACCGAGAGGCGCCCAUUGAUAAGAAAGGCAACUUCAACUAUGUGGAGUUCACCCGCAUCCUCAAACACGGCGCCAAGGACAAGGACGACUAGGCCAUCCCAGCGCCCCCUGCCCGGCCCCUGUCCCAGCCACCUGCUCCCACAUACACCGUCUGCACCGGCUCCGUGCCCAUGAGCCCAGAGCCCCCUCUCAGAGGACUCUCCCCCUGAGGGGCCGGGGGCCCAGCUCCGAGUGAAGGAAAUGACUGAGAAAGCACAGCACCAGGCCAGGGGCAGAGCCAGCGGGAGGCCGGUGACCCUCCGAGGAAACCCCAUCUUCUCGGGAGCUGGGCCAGCCAGGCCCCAAGAAGAGCCCCGGCCUCGGCUGUUGCCUGCCCGCUUCCGGCUGCUCCCCACAGGAAGGGCUCUGUGUCCUGGUCUGGGACACCACUCCACUUGCACCGCCCCCGCAAGCCCUUCCCCAGCCACUGCCACAAACACACGAAUCUCACCGAGGUCCCCUCUCAGAGGACAGGGUGCCACUCCCCUCCCCGACACCGUGCCCGGCCACGAGAACACUCCACCCCACCGGGAGUGUGCUCUGGAAGAUGCAAGAGGGCGGACGUUUCGUCUUGGGGAGGCAGAGCCUCUAACAGAAGGUUGAGCAUUGCUUUGGGUGUGUAUGUCUGUGGCUGGGGUGAAAUAAAGGUGCCCUGAGGCCCCAAACACCGCC